AGUUAUUCAUUAUAUAUAUAUAUAUUCUUUUCUAACUUUUGUUAUUGAAUCGUUUUCUUCUUUGCUCUUUAGAUAACAUAAUGGAAAAGAAAAAGAAAAGAAGAAUUCCAUACCAAAAAGUGUUAUACUUUUGUUUGCUUUAUUGGCUCUGUGAUUUCUUUUUUGCCUGCUUUUGUUGUGUGAUUACUUUCUUUUUCCUAAUUGUUCUUGAAGUUUCUUUAGAAGUUGGAUAUAAAUAAGAAUGGGGGAUUAGAGAAUUUAACUUUUAUAAUGAGAAAAGUUGAGAGUAACUUCCUGCGGAAGAACAUUUUUAAUUAAAAAUGUUGAGAUCUAUUAAUGGCUGAAGUACUGCAUGAAUUUAGCACUGUUUUGGGUGCUUCAUAAACAAGAUUGUCAUGAUCAUUAUUGCUAUUUCUUCAUCAGCAAACAUGAUAAUUGCAAAUUUGGAAUUCACAAAUUGCAGUUUUACCUACUCCUAACAGGAUAAUUAGGUGAAGCUAUUAUUCCACUAUCACUGAGAAUAAAGGCUACAUCGACUAUUUCCAACUGCUAGAAAUUGCUUUUUAUCUUCUCAAAAUUUCAAGUUAUGUGUCUGUCUUGAUGUUACUGGCUGGUGGUAAUGGGAUGAGUUGAUUGGCCCAUGCCAGUGUGUUGAGAAUAGGAACUGUAGUUAUAAUGCGUUAGCAUUUCAAUUUUCAACAUUAAACUUCUGAAAAAUUAAUACUUAAGACUCCCAUUUGACAAACAAAGAGUUGCAAGUGCUUUUUUUAUGAGGUUACCAGAAGCCAGCUAUAUUGUUACUAUUACAUUUGAAAUGUUACUCAGUGUUAAAACUCAGAAGUAAGGCUUUGGUGGUAGUUUUUGUUGCUAUUUAGCUUCCAAUUUAUGAAUAUUAAUAUAGUUUUCUUUUGCAACUUUGCUGUUUACUGCAUUAUUUGUUGGCGGACUAAUAUCAAUUCAUUGUUUCUGCGCUGAAUCAGGUUAAGUUGUCAUAUAGCCAGUGCAAAUUGAACUCCCCAUGAAGUUGUUCCUGGCUUCAGUUUUUCAUUUCUUCUUUGUGCUAGUCACUCUUUUUCAUCUAGGUAAUGCUGACCUGAAUUCAGAUAAGCAGGCCCUUCUCAACUUCUCUAGUGCUGUGCCCCAUUAUCGGUCACUCAACUGGAACCCUGCUUCAUCAGUCUGCAAAUCUUGGGUGGGUGUUACUUGCAAUUCAAAUGGCACUCGUGUGGUUCAGCUCCGACUUCCUGCAGUGGGGCUUGUUGGCCAUAUCCCACCCAACACACUUGGUAAACUGGGUGCCCUUAGGGUUCUCAGCCUCCGGUCCAAUCUGCUUAAUGGGAAUCUUCCUUCUGACGUUACCUCUCUACCAUCACUAAAGAGCCUUUACCUCCAACAUAAUAACUUUUCUGGCACAAUUCCCACCACUUUUUCCUCACAGCUCAAUGUGCUGGAUCUGUCAUUUAAUAUUUUCUCAGGCAGCAUUCCUCGACCAUUAGCAAAUUUGACUCAACUCAGUGUUUUGAGCCUCCAGAACAACAGCCUUUCUGGACCCAUUCCUGAUCUUAACCACACUAGGCUUAGUCAUUUGAAUUUGAGCUACAAUCACCUUAAUGGCUCCAUCCCAUUAUCCCUUCAGAAGUUCCCGAAUUCAUCCUUCAUUGGAAACUCUCUAUUAUGUGGGCUGCCUCUUAAUCCAUGCUCCCCAAUCCUUCCUCCACCUUCACCCUCUCCAGCUUUGUCUCCCCCACCAGCAACUAAGCAGGGUUCAAAAACAAAACUGACAAUGGGAGCUAUCAUUGCCAUUGCAGUGGGAGGAUUUGCAGUCUUGUGUCUUGUUGCUCUAAUUAUUCUGUGCUGCUGUUUGAAGAAAAAGAAUGGAGGCAGUAGUGUGUUGAAAGGGAAGGCUGUUGGUGGUGGAAGGGGUGAGAAGCCCAGAGAGGAGUUUGGAAGUGGAGUGCAAGAACCUGAGAAAAACAAGCUAGUGUUCUUUGAAGGCUGCUCUUACAAUUUUGACCUUGAGGAUUUGUUAAGGGCUUCUGCUGAAGUGCUAGGAAAGGGUAGUUAUGGCACUGCCUAUAAAGCUGUCCUGGAAGAAUCAACGACUGUCGUAGUGAAAAGGUUGAAGGAAGUAGUGGUUGGAAAGAGGGACUUUGAACAGCAGAUGGAGACUGUGGGAAGGGUUGGGCAGCACCCAAAUGUUGUACCCCUCCGUGCUUAUUAUUACUCGAAGGAUGAGAAGCUUCUAGUAUAUGACUAUAUUCCUGGUGGCAGCUUAUCCUCACUUUUGCAUGGAAAUAGGCAAGCUGGCAGAACACCGCUAGAUUGGGACAGCAGAUUGAAGAUUGUUCUUGGAACUGCACGGGGGAUAGCCCACCUGCAUUCUGCCGGUGGUCCGAAAUUCACCCAUGGAAACAUCAAGUCUUCAAAUGUCCUCCUCAACCAAGAUCAAGAUGGAUGUAUAUCUGAUUUUGGCCUGACCCCUCUAAUGAAUAUUCCUGCAACUCCAUCUCGGAGUGCAGGCUAUCGUGCUCCUGAAGUGAUUGAAACCCGUAAACACACUCAUAAAUCAGAUGUCUACAGCUUUGGUGUCCUCCUGCUAGAGAUGCUGACUGGAAAAGCUCCACUGCAAUCACCUGGACGAGACGACAUGGUUGACCUUCCUCGAUGGGUUCAGUCAGUUGUAAGGGAGGAAUGGACAGCUGAGGUUUUUGAUGUUGAGCUAAUGAGAUACCAAAAUAUUGAAGAAGAAAUGGUUCAGAUGUUGCAAAUUGGGAUGGCCUGUGUAGUAAAGGUCCCGGACAUGCGACCAAACAUGGAUGAAGUUGUUCGAAUGAUAGAAGAAAUAAGACAAUCUGACUCUGAAAACCGACCAUCUUCUGAAGAGAACAAAUCUAAGGACUCAAACGUGCGGACUCCAUGAUUCUUCAAAACUCAUUAUUUGAUAAUUGAUAUCAAGUCAAGAUCAAGAUUUCCAAUUAGCACAUGCCAACUGGGGUUUCCCAAGCAUUGUCCAAAGCCUUAUGUGCAUGUGUGGUUUCUCUGUGUGAAUUUGUCCAAAACUUCAUCAGUUCAGUUUUCGAAUUUUUUUAGGUGGUUUUCUUAUGAUUUGUUGUAAUAUUUAAUUCAACAUUAAGAAUGAAUUGAUAACCUCCAAUCAAUAACGUUUCCAAUAGUUUCCCUCUUGUUUUUUUGGG